AUGAGUAAAAAUGUUAAUUCUCAAAGAAGAAUGAGCAACCUUUCAGAAAUAAAGGAAAGAAAAUUAUUUUUUGGAGAAAAUUAUCAACUCAAUAAUAAGGCAUUCAAGUUUAUUUCUAACUUCGUUAAAACCUCUAAAUAUAAUAUUAUCACCUUUUUGCCUAAAAGUAUUUUGAUUUAGUUUAAAAAGUAUGCAAAUUGGUAUUUUUUGUUCACAGCUAUUCUUUAGUGUUUUCCUAUUAUUUCGACUUAAAAUCCAGCAAGUGCAAUAGCUCCACUAGUCUUUGUUAUUGCACUAAGUAUGCUGAGAGAAGGGUUAGAAGAUAUUAAACGUCAUAAAUCAGAUAAUGAAAUGAACAGUUCUGAGUGCAUAAUUUGGCGAAAUAACAAAUGGACAAAAAUGAAAUGGGCUAAUGUAAUUGUAGGAGAUAUAAUUUAUGUUUAAGAAAAUGAAAUUAUAGCAUCAGAUGCUAUUAUAUUGUGCUCUUCUCUUCAAACUGGCUAAGCUUUUAUCGAAACAUCUUCUUUAGAUGGAGAGAAGAACCUUAAGCCAAGAAUGACUAUACCAGAGCUUCAAAACAAAUUCUUUGACAUAGCUAAUAGUAUUGCACUUGAAAAAUAGGUUCUUCCUUAAAACUUUAAUGGAUAGGUUAGUUGUAGUAUGCCAAAUCCACAUUUACAUUUCUUUGAGGGGUGCAUUUAAACAGAUAUAUUCCCAAACAAAAAGUUUUCUGUUAAUAUAAAGAAUUUACUGCUUAGAGGUAGCAGGAUAAAGAAUAACGAGUGGGCGAUGGGUUUAGUUGUAUAUACAGGUUAAGAUACUAAAAUUAUGAAAAAUGCAGAUCAAGGUAGAAAUAAAUUCAGCUGUAUUGAUCAUAAAUGCAAUAGCUACAUCAUGUAUCUCUUGAUUCUGUAAUUUCUUCUGUGCUUUUCUGUAUCUAUUUUAAAUGUGAUCAUGUGUCGUAAUACUAAUAAUCUUACAAUCUAUUUGAGCUCUGAAACAGAAUGCAAUACCUCUUUUAUUUAUACUUUUCUUAGUUAUCUUUUACUGUUGAACACUUUGAUUCCUAUAUCACUUAUAGUCUCCUUAGAAUUUGUUAAGGUAGGAUAAGGGUAUUAUAUGGAGAAGGACAAAGAACUCUAUUCAAUUUUCAAUGAUAAGCCUCUUAAGGUAUUUUCUUGUGGACUCAAUGAGGAGUUAGGCUAAAUUUAGCAUGUGUUCAGUGAUAAAACAGGUACUUUAACUUGCAAUAAGAUGGAGUUUAAAAUGCUUAUUUGUGGACUGGAAACUUAUGGUGAUUACAAUUUAAUUGAUUUAAAUCCUAAGAUAGUUUUUGAAAGAAACUAAAAAACUGCUGAAAAAGGAAAUAGAAUGAGAACACCUACUUAUACUGAUGAAAAAUCAGGAGUAGAGUAUUGUUUUAGGGAUGUUAAUCUUGAAAGUUUACUCUAAGAUUAGGAAAAAGACACCUCAGAAAUUUUAUAAAAACCUAUAUAAUUUUAGUGUUCAUAAGAUAAUUCAAAAUUAUUUGAGAUAUGUACUUAAAAGUAAUUAGCACAUGAAUUGCUCAUGCUGCUUUCAACUUGUCAUGAAUGCGUUUUGCAAUAAGGCAAAGAUGGAAGGAAAUCUUAUCAAGGACCUUCACCAGAUGAAAUAUCAUUAGUUGAUGCUGCAAAUCAUAUGGGAUACUCUUUUUCUGGCUUAGAUCAAAAAGAAAUUGUUCUAAGCAUAAAAGCAAAAGAAAAAAGAGUGGAAUUAUUACAUUCGUUUGAAUUCGAUUCAGAUAGAAAAAGAAUGUCUGUUAUUGUGCGUGAUUAAGGUAUUAUAAAGAUGUAUGUAAAAGGCGCUGAUAGUAUCAUCAAAGCUCGUCUUAAAAAGAAUGUAGAUUAACCAUACUUAAGUAAUAUUGAUAAAAGCUUAGAAUAGUUCUCUCAAAAGGGUUUAAGAACACUAUGCCUUGCUCUAAGAAUUAUUUCUGAACAAGAAUAUGAAGAUAUUUUAAGCAAAAUAAACUCUACAAUUGGUAUUCCGAAUUAGGAAAAAGAGCUAAAGGCUAUUGCAGAGACUAUAGAAAAAGAUUUUAUUUUAUUAGGAGCGACUGCAGUUGAAGAUAGAUUAUAAGAUAAUGUUCCAGCUGUUUUAAGAGAUUUCUUGAAGGCAAACAUAAAUGUUUGGAUGCUUACAGGUGAUAAACUAGAAACUGCUGAAAAUAUUGGUAGAAGCUGUAAUUUAGUUACUUCUACAAUGGGUGUUAUGUAUAUUAGGGGAUCUCAUACUAUUCAUAAUAAAAUAGAUGACCAACUAAAAAAUUUAUCAAAUUAAAUUCCCAUUCUAUAAUAACAGCACAAAGAUGGACUUUCUUUAAUUGUGGAAGGAGAAUCUUUAACUUGGAUUUUAGGUGAUGAUCAACGAAAAAAUAGCUUUUUAAAGGUUAUUAUUGAGUGUAAAAGUGUUAUUUGUUGCAGAGUAACACCAAAACAAAAAGCAGAUGUUGUUAAACUUGUUAAAGAAAAACUUAAUAAGAUAACUCUAGCUAUAGGCGAUGGUGCUAACGAUGUUAAUAUGAUAUAAGAAGCACAUAUUGGAGUAGGAAUAUAUGGAAAUGAAGGUAUGAGAGCUGUCUAAGCAAGUGAUUACGCUAUCGGUUAGUUCUAAUUUUUAUGGAAGCUAGUGCUCUAUCAUGGAAGAUUAAAUUAUAUUCGUGUUGCAGAAUGCAUUCUUUACUUUUUUUACAAAAAUUUUGUCUUCACAUUCCCUCAGUAUUUCUUCGCAUUCUUUGCUUUAUAUUCAGGUUAAUCAAUCUUUGAUGACUGGUACAUUACUCUCUACAACUGCAUUUUCACCUUUUGGCCUGUCGUCAUUAAGUCUGUGUAUGAAGAAGAUGUUUAUUAUAGAAAGAAAAGAAGCAUACAUGGAGAAGAAAAAGAAGAGAAAGUUAUAAUGUCUAAAAUAGCAAACGAAGACAAUGAUAUUAUUUAAUAAUUUUAUCCUAAGCUGUAUUACAUAGGAUAAGCAAAUCACAUCUUUUAGUUUGGAAGAUUUUUAAAAUGGGGCUUUUUAGGUGCCUUUUAGGGGGCUCUGUGCUUUUUCUUUACUAUCUUUAUAUGUAAUGAAGGUUACUUAGAUAGUUAAGGAAAUGUAGCAGAUAUAUGGGCAACAAGCAUUAGUUUAUACACAUCUAUAAUUAUACUGGUGAAUUUAAAAUUAGCUUUAAACACCCAGAUGUGGACAAUAUGGAACUGGUUGGCUUUUAUUUUUACUAGCAUUGGACUAUACUUUGCAUAUAUAUGGGUAAGUGAUAUUUGGAUUCUCUCUGGUACUUUUUUAACUGCCUCUACUCUCUUUUAAUCCUCUAAAUUCUAUUUGUGUGUUUCGUUAAAUAUUCUUACCUGUUUUGCUUUUGACUGCUUAUUGCUAGCUGGUAAAUCUUCAAAGGAUUCAUUACUAAAUUAUUUAAAAAGAGUUACUAGACAUUAAAAAGAAGCUGAGGUUUCUAAGAUAAUAGAACUUUAAGAUAGAUUAUAAAUGCAACUUUUAAAUGAGCGUAAUAUUAAGAAUAAGAAUGUAAAAAAGAAUGGAGAUGUUCCUAAUUUAGAAGUCAUCUGUUAUGCUGAAAAUGGUAAUCCUUUGCACCAAUCCUUUAACAUAAAUAGAGAAAAGGACCCUUCAAGAUAUACUAGUUUCUUGUGCUAGCACGGUGAUGUUAACUAAAUUAAUUUUGACGAGUUAAGAAGCUCUUAAUAAAAAGAUAUUGACAAAAAUUAUUUUGCAAUUUAAGAAAAUUCAUCUAGAAUAAAUAUUCGAACAAACCUAAUUUAGGGUUCUAAUAUAUCGCCUACUCUAAAGCCUUCUAAUUUUUUAAAUCAAAAUAAAUUAAUUGUAUCAAAUUCUUUUUUAUCAAAAACAUCAGAGCAAGUCCUUACCUCGUAAGAUGAUAGUAGUAAGAUAGCUAACUCAUAUGAUAUCAACAACUAGGCCAUUAUUAAAGAUGAAGAUCUUUGA